GGACGAAAGAAAGCGCUCACAAAGAGUUCACUGUUUCAAUACAGUGGAGCGCACCAGCGUAGGUAGAGCAUUUUAAACUAAGUCAAAAUAAAGUGAAACAUCUAGCAACAGAGACGAUUCAUCAGAUGAUGAAGAAAGCUAGAUUUUAUAGCAGACUGUAGAGGUAAUGGGAGACAGCGGCCAAGCCUGAGGGGAUGCUGUGAGGAAGAAUUCCAAGUGAUGGAGAUUAAAGAAGGAGGCAGGCGAUCACAGCUGAUCAGAAUGGACGACCAAGACAGAGUGAGCCAAGCGUCCAGUGUGGCUACAAUUUCUUACUUUCCUGUCAUGAUGGAAAGUGAUGGAAAGGUGCAGACAUUUGGGAAAAGGUGUCAGGCUGCUAAAAGAGACCCUAACUGCCCAGUGGUCAUCAGGGGAUGGCUCAACAAAAAAGACAGCUCUGGUCUAAAGCUGUGGAAGAGAAGAUGGUUUGUCCUCUCCAACUAUUGUCUGUAUUACUACAAAGACAGUAGAGAAGAAACGGUACUGGGAAGCAUCCCACUCCCCAGUUACAAAAUCCUCUUCUGUACACCACGAGAAUGCAAAAACAGGAAGUUCACCUUCAAGGUGGUGCACCAGGGAAUGCGACCAUAUUUCUUCAGCGCUGAUACUCAGGAAGAUAUGCUGGGUUGGGUUCGAGCCCUGAGCCAAUCGGCUACAAUGGAGCCAGAAAACGGCAUGAACAGGCGCUGUUCCAGUUACCAAGAUUUUACACAGAUUGGUGGCAGUACUGAGUCUGUGGAUUUCUCCAAAUCACCCACGGAGGGGGAGAGUCCAGUUCAAAAACACAAGCAUGUCAGCAGGACCAUGAGUGAACCCAGUCAGCUCCUCAGCGGGAGGGCAGGGAGGUCACAGUCAGAGCCCAGGGGGAGACGGAGUAUGCAUCACAGAAACAGGAGCCCUUCAAACAGAACACCAAGCCCUGCUGAUUCAAGCAGAAGAAGAGUUACUCUAUACAGGGAGGAGGACUCCAAUGAAGAACAUUUUCAGCAGGGAGCAAUUGUGGGGUCAGGCUCUUUGGGUUCAAAGGGACAGCUGGGCUCUAGACCUCAUACGCCGGUGGGAAGGGUCGACAUUCGACCCUAUGAUGACCCUGUCACAGUGUAUUAUACACCUGGCUCCCCUAAACUAGAGUUCAAGUCUGCUCCCACCACUCCAGUCACAGAAAGGUGGCAAAGCCUCAGCAAGCCUGCAGCCUUAUAUGGCUCGGUCCAUCACACGCCAAGUGGACGAAGACCAUUAGCAAAGAGCCAGUCAACAGGGGCAGAUUUAUUGCCCCCUUUACCCCCUUCAUCAAGAGCAGCGCAUGCCUCCAACCCCUCAAAACAGCAGCGCCAGCUUCACUGCAGCCAUGUGCCUGUUUCUGUGCUUCCGCCAGCUAUGGCUUCUAAAUCUGAUCAGAGGGAUCUGCAGACGAUACGACCUCUUGAAAGUGAUGCAGAUGCUGUGUUAACGCGCCUGUGUGGGUGUGACAAGCUGCUGCAAUCCCUGUCAGUGGAGCUCACUCAGCUCCAGAUGGAUAAGGAUAGCGUCCAGUGUGCACUGGAAGUAUCCAGGCUCCAGGUGGAGGAAUGGAGAAACCAGGGGCCACGGGCCCUUGAAGAAGCACUGACGCAGAAGGCUCUGUUACAAGAUGAGCUGGUCACAAUCCGGGCCAGAGUCUGUGAUGUAUCAUUGGAAAUGGAGCGUGUGUGGAGUCAAUAUGAGAGGAUGGAGAGCGAACUCUCUGUUAUUCGUUCACACCUUCAGCAUAUCUGUAACUUUGGAAUUCCACAGGAGCAGUGUCAGGCUCAGAGAGAGCUGUGGAUGAUGGAGGACAUCCUUGAUGGGCUGAAGGUCAAUAGGGAUUAUUUUUGCUUCCUGCUGGGACUACAGACACAUCACAUGUUCCAGCUUUUGCCAACUGGAUCCUCUGCUUCUCCCACGGAAGGGCUCCACAUUGGACUGCCAAUGGAUUUGGGACAAGAGCCACCAGUCCGCCCACCGUUACCCCUGGAGCUGCAAGAGAGUCACCAAAGUCAGGACGUGAGCCAUGUUUGGCCAGAGUCACCAUAUGAGGGGAUCUAUGAGCAUUCUGCUGAUCCUGUUGACAGAAGAGGGAACUGUCAACCUGACCUCCUCAAUGUGAAAGGGCAGAGAGAUGCAACUGGUUGGAACAAACACAAAUCUCCAUCUGGUUCAAAGUGGAUAUCAUCAGACACGGUCAACCAACCAACAAAGAGGAUGAAAAUGAAGAUGAGCGAGGCAGAGCAGAUUGAAAGGAUGAAGAGAAAUCAAGAGAGACUGUCUAGUAAAAAGAAACCUCAGCUGGCCGCCCAAGAACCUCAGAAUCAAAGUUCAGGGAUAAAAGAGGAGGCCCCCUUUCCCUUGAGGGUGACCAGAGUUGUAACAGCUGUGCUGCCCUCCUCGCUUGUGGCCAGAAGAGUUUCUGUUGAGGAUCCUCCAGCUGAGCUCAACACUCCGCUGCCUGAACAAAUUCAGCCAGAAAUGCUGCAACAACCGGCUGAACCAGGCAAGAAAUUACUCGGCAAACCUGCCAGGCGGCUGCUUAUGGAUAUGACUGAAUCAAACCAAACGAUCACUGAGCAGCAUCAGGGUCAAUCUGGAAAAGGAAUGAGCAGACAACAUCAAGCAGCAUCCAGGGGCCCAAAAAUGGAGACACUUUUAGAAGUGAGCAAUAGUGAAGGAACAGAGGCCUUAAGAGAUGAGGUUCGAGAAUCAACAGAGUCAGGAAGUGGACAUGAAGGCUCAAAUUAUAAGGCUGUUGAAGAGUCUUCAGCCCCUGAUGUGAAUCCUAGUCAGAGCUCUGAGCAGCGAGAGGCUAAACUACGACGAGUGGAACGAAUAAGAGAAAGAGUGCUGAGAAGCGCAGCCAGAGAAAGUGCUACAAUCAACAACCAGCAUCCAGUCAAGGAAGAGAAGAAGAAAGUUCCCCAGGGUCACUGUGACAUAGCUAAAGAACAAAGAUUGAAACUAGGAAAUGAUGGUGGUCUGGAUGACUUAAAUAGAUCAGCAGAUCUUCACAAUGCAAUAUCUCAGGGUUGCGAUGAAGCAUAUGUUAACAUAUCAAAAAGUCAGUUCCAGGUGGAGAACAGAUCAUUGCACAGUGGGAGAGCAGGGGUUGCCAACAUUAAAAACAAAAGAUCACUUUCUCCAUAUCAUAUUUCAUCCAUGACAGUCUACCAACAAGAUGGAGGAAAAGCAUCUUUGGAUUGCCACAAUGAAGAGCAGGACAAGCCUGAAGAUUGCACUGCGGAAGAUAAAGAUAAGAAAUAUAAACCCUCCUAUUUGAGGAGUAAGUGGUUCCUGUCCACAAACCAGUGUCAAGGAUUCAUACCUUUACAGAUCCCUGCAUUAGAGCCUUUAUCUAUUGAGGAAAAUGAGGAUACUGCCAACCAUCCAGGUUGCACUGAGGACACUACUGACCUUAAUGGGAUGUCAUCAACAGUGAGUAAAAGCUUGCAGAAAAUGAAAGAGAACCAUUCGCUCUUCUAUAAGAUUGCAUGUGAUAUCAGCAUUUCAGACUCAGACAUAAAGAGUGAUGACCAAACAUUAUCAAGGCAAGAAGAGGAAGAAGCAUUGGUAAUUGAAGAAGCAGUGCAACCUGGUAAUGGUGUGACACCAUCUAAUCAAGAAAGCAAAGAUCCCUGUAAGCAUUUGAUUUUGGACAAACGUGGUACAGUGGUUGAGAACAAAUCCCUGGAGGUAAUAAAUGAAACGCAAGGCAAGGCAGUGGAUAAAGCAUGUUGUCUAAAAGAACAAGGCCAAUCAGACAAGUCAGGGCAAGAAGGUGAAGUAAAGGCCUUAGAAACUGUGGCUGGAGUUUGUGUUCAGGAGAGGGAUUUUGAUCAGACAGUUCAUGGCCAAAACAAGACAAAAGAGAAACACUGCGAUAUGAAAGAGUCUGAAGACCUGAAAGCAAAUCCAGAGAGAUCUGAAGAAAUAAAGAAAUGUUUUGGUGGAAGUAAAGAGAACGAGACAGAUGAGGAAGAUCGAGCGAACAGACAUGCCAUCAGUGUUUCAUGCACUAUGUCUGAAGGAGGAAGAGUAACUCGGAGUGCAUCCUUUGGAAAGCCAAGAGUGACAGUAAUAAGGACAAGUUUGUAGAUCAAAGAAAAAAUGCAGUAAACUGGGUUUCAGAGGGACAUGUGCUUGAGCUUUUUCUCAUAUUGCCCUAAUCCAACCACACCCUUUGUUGUGUUUAAGUCAGAUUUCAUGUAAAUGACCAUUAUAAAAGAGACCAUAAAUAUAAUUUUAUUUAAACUCUGUAAGAUAUUACACCAAUUUGUAUUUAAUCCCCUUCCCUCUAAUACCCCUGUUGAACCAACAUCCUUGGCAGCUUGCUCCACAUGUAUGGGUCAGCCUUAGUGUAGAGAGAACGAACAAACAGCUUCAUAAAUACCAAGAAACAGUUCAGAUAGGUCAGAGAUGUGGUGUAAAACAAUUGUAAAAUAACAUUGUAUUUCUUUUGUUGGGGUUGAUGUAUGGAAUAAAUUAGAUCAGGAGCUAAAAGAUUGUACAACAUUAACAUUAAGGUCGAAAAACAUAUUUAAGAAUAAUGCAAUAAAAAUAUGAAACAUGUGAAUGCAAUUAAGAGCAGUAAUAUAUUGGGUUUGUUAGGAAAAAAAAGUUAUUAUUGUAAAAUAAUAAUAAUGGAAUAAUAAUUUUUCCCAAAACCAUACGGUGGUAUGUAUUAUAAACGAUAGCCUUCUAUUUCUAUUUCUUUUUUUCUUUGCUUUCUAGUCCAAUGUAAAUUGGCUUUGGAGGGUGGGCAUUUUAAGUUUCUUGCUUCUGCCAAUACACCCUUUUUCAGACUGUUUUAAUUUAUGUUAUAUGGACAUAUACUGUCUUUAUUAUAUACUUUUAUGUCUGAAAUAAACAAGCUUGAACCUGAGAUAAGGUUCUGGGGGUUUUGAAGUAAAAUAUCAAUGGUUUGAAUUUUAAGUGUAAGAAAUAUCUUACCUCUAGGACACCUGAAGAGAUCCACAGCUAAGACAUAGAAAUCUGUUUUGGUGGACAACUUCACAAACAUCCAAUCUAUUAUUUUUAUUUAUUGAUGUUUUUUAUGAAAGGGUGUUGAAAAUAGAGGCAUUAAUAAAAGAUGCUCAUACUGUAAACAGUUUUACUUCCUCUUCAUCACAAGCAUCGAAGGCAGCAAAUAUGACAAGAAUACGUUAUGAUCAAACUAAAAACUUCUUUGCCACUGCAAAACACUACGUGGCAGAACACCAACAAUGUGCAAAACCCUGAACAGACCAUCUACAUGGAAAAAUGUUGGUGGCAAUAUCAUGCUGUGGAAAUGCUUUAGUGGGGAUGCAGAAAUCCAUUACAGAAUUUGAAAGACUGGGAUGGAGGCAAAGGAAAACUAUGCUAACCAUGAAAUCUUAGAAUAUUACUGUCAAUUCUCCGAAGAUAUUUGGUAAAACAUAAAAAUUGUUCUUAGCUGAUGCUUCUUAUCCAGUCUGACAGGGUUUAAGCUAUUUUGCUAAACUGGAAAAGGACACAACCUUCAUCUCAUAAUCUGAAAACCAUGCAUCCCUUUCCUCUUUGACAGUGUUGGAUCACUUAAUUUUUAGUUUCCAUCUAAAAUAAGAAUAAAACACUGUAGCUUGAAGUUGAGGGGCAAAUAACAAGGAAAAGUUCAAGAGAUGUGAGAAUGUUUGCAAGGCACUGCAAAUGUGCAUUGGGCAAUACCAGAGGAGCGUUUUUCUGACAGCAGCAGUUGGGCCUAACUGGUCAAAUGGGAACACAUUGUAUAACAGCAGAAGAAUUUUAAAAAAUAAAGUUGAAUGUUUUCAAUAUAAAGAAUAUAUAGCAGGACAUUUGGUUUAAAUCAUUAUUUAUUCAAAUGAAAUUGUGCUCGUGCAACUAUACAGAUGCUGUCAAGUAUUUAUGUGCUAACACUUCCAUUCCUAGUAUCCCUCUAAUAUACAUAUAUAAAUAUACAUAUGAUAUAUAUAAUGUCUGCUUUUGUUGGCAACAUAAUCCUGUUUUUAUCACUGUGAAAUCAUGUUCUGUUUUUGUAUCUCAGAUUUCCUGAUCUAAUAAUA